GUGGGUUUGCUGUUGUUCUCCUUGUUAAAGCUACAAAUGGCAGACGAUAUGCCUUGAAAAGAGUUUCAGUCAACAACAAGCAUGACUUAGAUAUCUGUAAACAAGAAAUAAAUAUUAUGAAACUUGUCAGUGGUCACAAAAACACUAUUUCAUUUCUGGAUUUCUCUAUUAAUCAAAUCAAGGAAGAGAUUUUUGAAGUGUUGAUUUUGAUGGAAUAUUGCAAAGCAUGUUGUUCAGCUAAUGAAUGAACGUAUCAAUGAUGGCUUCAAUGAAUCGCUAGUGUUAAAGAUCUUUUCUGAUACCUGUGAAGCUGUAGCACAGCUUCAUCAAGCUAAACCUCCUGUAAUACACAGGGAUCUCAAGGUUGAAAACAUACUGCUUAGUGGCAGAGGAGAAUUUGUAUUAUGUGAUUACGGCAGUGCAACAACAAGGAAUAUAAAUCCACAGGAUGAAGGCCCUACUAAAGUAGAGGAAGAAAUUCAAAAAUACACAACACUAUCUUACAGAGCACCAGAAAUGGUGGACUUGUACAGUGGCAAAACAAUAUCAACCAAGUCAGACAUAUGGGCUCUUGGAUGUCUUCUGUACAAAUUAUGUUUUUUUACUUUGCCUUUUGGUGAAAGUACUCUGGCAAUCCAAAGUGCACAGUUUUCUUUCCCAGAAAAAUCACGUUAUUCCAAAGAACUCCACAGCCUAAUCAGCUAUUUAUUGACACCAGACCCUGAUACCAGACCAGACAUCUAUCAAGUAUCACACAUUGCCUUCAAAUUAAGAGGAUUGGAGUGUCCAGUCAUCAAUAUUACAACAACAACAACAACUCCAACGGCAAAGAUUACUCCUACAGCAAGAACAACAGAGACAACAAGAGUUACAACGACAACAGCAGUUACGAGAGCGGCAGUUACAACAACAACAGCAUCAACAACUAUUAUUACAACAACAACAACAACAGCGUGCACAACAGCAAUUUCACCAGCACCAAGGCUAUCAUCAGAACGUGGAUCCUUCCCAGUACCCAUCACAAUCACAGUAUGUACAAAGUCACAUCGAACAAAAUCCAUUUAUAAAUUUUAAUGAUUCGAGCAGUCAGCAACAACCACAUGUCCCACGGGCAAAUAUUGUUUCAAAGAGUGACGAACACUUAAAACCAUGGCAGCCUACACAUAUGCGCUCUAAGUCGGACCCUAGAGCCGCUAUGGGGCUAGACAUGAAAUACCCAUUUCAUCGUUCACCUAGUGACCCAGAGCUGCAGACUAGUCAACCAGCGACGGACAAACUCAUUGAAAUUGAUACGGUUGGUCCAGAGAAAGAAAACUGGAAUCCGUUUAGUCCUUAUUACACUGCUAAAGACAGUGACUUCACCACAGACCCUGACCAAUGUGAUGACGAUUUGGACUUUGCUUCGUUAAGAGACAAUCUACCUAGUAAACAACCAAGUGAUGUUAAUGCUCAAAGUUUUAACCCGAGACGAGACGUUGUGCCUGGAGAAUCUGUGAACGACGUUCUCUCGCCCGGGGAACUCCCACCUGAUAUCGCCACGAAUCCAUUUUUUCAAAACAGCGCUCUGAUUAACGUCGAUGUAAGCUCUGAUUCAAGCGACAGUGGACGUGACAGCCCGAGCCAACUUCAGCGAGCGGUAUUGCCUCCUUUGUCACCUGGAACCGCUGACCCUUUUGGCGCUGUUCCUUUCAGUUUGCCGAAUGCGAAGCCGAAAAAGGCAGAGCCUGUCUCGCCUGACGUCUUUGGUUCAGCGCCGUUUGAACUUGCAGUUAAUAGGAAUGAAAGUAAAGCCGUGGAGGAUAUAAGCGUUGAUAAAUCAAGGCGAGGUGAAGAAUUGAUAUCCUUUGGAUUACAAUUCUCACACAAAGACAGUAGAGGUGAAACGGGACGAGAAUCUCCCAAGAAUCCUUUCGAAUUUGAAUCGUUUAGUACUACGUCAGAGAGCGUUGCUAUAAGCAACAAGUCACGUGACGACAGGGUGUCAAACCAGGCAAGCUUUGAUAACCCUGGUUUGGAUUCAGUCGAUGCUGCGCAUGAUCCCUUUGGUUCGGCGCCUUUCAAUACCGGCAACAAUCGCGAGACUGCUUCAGAUCCAAAUUUACAUCAAGGUCCCGCAAGAAAUAAACAAGUUGGUGGAAGACCACGACGUCGUUUACCUCAGGUUCCAACAGCGCAGUCCGCUGGAGAACAGUCUGGAAGACGUAAGACUGAACAGAAUUUAGUUUUAGGCCGACCAUCGAAUGCUAGGUAACCGACAGCCUCAMGGAGAACAACCCAACAAGAACUUAUCUUGGCCGUCAUAAUGUACCUCRUAUAAACACAUCCUUUAUAAAGUAUACAAGGCUUGUAAUACAUAGCUUCCCAAGGUCAUGGUUAUGUUUUGUUGAUAUUCUUUGCUCAAUCAUGCUGUUGCAGAAAAGCGUAAUGCGGCUUGCCAUUAGUCAAAGUCGAUGAGUCGGUCAUUUUAAAAUAACGGUUCACAGAGGGUCKAUAUGAACAGGGUUUUGGUUCGUAUUAGUGGGCGCUUUAACUAGUAUCAAAAAUAACAAAUAUUUUACGGAAUUUUGACCUUCAGAGCCCACUGUAUGGAUUGAAAGUCGUCCUUUGAAUGAAAAGAUGAAAUUGUAAUUUUUAUAAGAAUGAUAAUGUUAAUAAUAAUAACAAUGUUAAUAAUUAUAUUUUAUUGUUGAUAAUAAUGUUUGCAUGAAAUACUAGCUUUACAUUUU